CUCCCAAAUUUACUUACGUAACCGAUGAUCGGUAUCAAGUUUGAGGAAUCUGCUACUGCUGCUGCAUCUUUGUCUCUUGCUUAAACCCUCGAACCACAACGCUUUGAAGUGAUCGAAAAUCAGUAAUCAAAGAGAUGGAUGAAGAAUUGCUCGAACUUCAAAGGCAAUUUGAAUCUGCUCAACAAGCUAAAUCAAGCAUUCGUUUAUCAGAACGAAACGUCGUUGAAUUGGUUCAAAAGCUCCGACAACUCAAUAUAAUCGACUUCGAUCUCCUCCACACUGUAUCCGGCAAAGAGUACAUCACUCCAGAGCAUCUAAGGAUUGAGAUUGUCUCAGAGAUAAAGAAAUUAGGGCGUGUAUCGUUGAUUGAUCUUGCGGAUAUUGUUGGUGUUGAUUUGUAUCAUGUGGAGAAACAAGCACAGAUUGUUGUAGCUGAUGAUUCGUUGCUGAUGUUGAUCAAUGGUGAAAUAAUAUCGGAUUGGUAUUGGAAUAAUGUUUGUGAGGAGAUUAACGAUCGGCUGCAAGAAUGCAGCCAGAUUGCGCUUGCUGAGAUUGCGGCUCAGUUGCAAGUUGGUUCGGAGUUGCUUGUGACCGUGUUGGAACCUCGACUUGGCACCCGGAUAAAAGGUAGACUUGAAGGUGGACAACUGUACACACCAGCAUAUGUUGCACGCGUUAAUGCAAUGGUCCGUGGGGCUGCUAGGGGUAUCACUGUACCUAUGAACUUGUCAGCAUUGUGGGGGUCGUUACAGUUAUUACUACAAGAAAUGGAUGGUGCAAGCGGUGUGGCUGUUGAAGGAUCAUUUUUCCAAUCAAUGUUCAAUGGGUUGGUGAAGGAAGGGCAAGUUCUUGGAUCAGUUCGUGCUGGAGUUCACUGGACACCCAGUGUGUUUGCCAUUGCUCAAAAGGAAUGCGUGGAUUCUUUCUUUUCACAGAACUCUGUUGUCAGCUAUGAAGCUCUGCAUAAACUUGGAAUUACACAACCCAUUCAGUUUCUGCAGUCCAGGUAUCCUGAAGGUAUACCCUUGGUUACUUUAUUUGUUCACCCAUCGACUGUUGAGAUGCUGGAUGCUGCUGUAGAGGAUGCCAUAGAACGUGGUAGCUGGAUUGAUUCGCUUUCGGUUUUACCAGCAUCCUUUGGUCCACAGGAUGCACAUAAGAUGCUGUCUCUUUGUCCAUCUGUACAGACGACACUUAAAGCUAAUAAAGCUCUCAUUUUGGGGGACUCAUAUGUUUUCAGCACUGGAUUUGUCAAGGAUCUGUAUGAACGUAUGGAGAAAGAUUUGGAUACCAUUAAUUUUUCUGGGCCAUCUAGCACUGGACUUGCUGAUGACUGGCAUGUCACCAAAGUUGCUAAAUCAGGACAGGAAACAAGUGGUGCUCCGGCUGAUUUCAAUGACACAAGUAGUGAAAGUGGUUCUAACAAACAAGCAGCAGAUAGAGGAUCAAAGAGAAAAAAGGGGAAACCCAACAUAAAUUCAAAGGCAGGUGCAGUUGAUAACAGUUCAGAUAAUCAAGAACCUGUUCCUGCUAAAUCAAAGAAAAACCAGAGAAAAGGCAAGGUUGCAUCUUCGUCACUUGGGCCUGACUCGAAAUCAAAUGCCAAGAAAGAUGUUGAUAAAAUAAAAGAGGAAAGCCUUGGUAUUUUUUCAGAAGAAGAACUAUGUCAAAAGAUAACUGAACUUGUUCCAGACUUUGAAGAACAAGGCAUUGAUUCGGAGACAGUUCUUGUACCCUUAGCUAGUCAUUUACGACCCAUGCUGCUCAAUGCAUGGAACGAGAGAAGAAAGGCUGCAUUAACAGAUAAUGGACAAAAAAUUAAACGUCUGCUUGAUAAUUUGCAAAAGAAACUUGAUGAGUCAUCACUAAAUAUGCAGUUAUACGAGAAAGGUCUAGAUUUGUUUGAAGACAACCCAUCAACCUUGGCGCUUUUGCACCGACAUUUACUAAGAACUACAGCUGCCCCUAUGGUAGACAUGCUCUUAUCAAAUAUGGAUAUGCUCAAUAAGCUGAAAAAUGGUUUAGACAUUCAAGACACUGACAAUCCAGAAUCGAUUUCGCUUACCUCUGGGGACCGAAUUGCUCUGGCAAAGAAAUUUGACGGACCUCUAUCUGUAAAGGCUAUUGCAGUUAUUGAAGCUUUGGAAGGAAAGCAUGUUGAAGCAUACAUGACAACACUAAGAGCACUUGCAGAUGAGUGUGGGUUAACCGUGAAAAAGCUUGACAAGAAAUUGGAAAGAACUCUUCUCCAUUCGUAUCGCAAGGAUUUGUCAGCUCAGGUUUCUGCUGAAACUGAUCCCGUCGCCAUUCUGCCUAAAGUUGUUUCUCUACUUUAUAUACAGUUUUACGCAAGAGCUCUUCAAGCACCGGGGAGGACUAUUUCAGUUGCAAUUUCUAAAUUGAAGGAUAAACUAGAUGAUUCAGCAUACAAAACUCUAGAAGAGUACCAUGCUGCAACAGUGACACUUUUGACCCUAAUAUCAGCAUCAACGGGCGAUGAAGAAGAUUGUACAUCGGACAGAACUUUGAGCAAAAAGGAGCUCCUGGAGAGGUUAAUGCCCGCUUUGAAAGCCCUAGUCUCUCGGCCUUCACAAUAGCUUCUUCAUCAAAGAACCCAAAAUGGAUCUUGAUACGACAAAAAACAGGUAGAAAGGAACGUCAAACUAACGUUUUUUCUCUAGAGUUUUGGUGGUUAUUUAUUAAUGGGUAACGCCAUUUGGAGUCUUGUCGUCGAUGCAAAAAUAGAUGAAUUUAUGGAGUUGGAAAACCUCAUUGACGUGAAUUUAGAAGUAAGAUCAAACACAAAUACAGGAGAGAUGGUUUCACAAAACCCAUAAACCACUUGGAAAAUAAACCUCUCUUUUGUGUUAGAUUCGUGUUUCCAUGUUCUUUUUUUCAUUUUGAUGACAUUUUUCAAUCAUUCCUUGGAAGGA